AUGGCGGAGGUCGCCGGCGACGAGACCCCACCGCUACCUUCGUCUUCCGGCGCCGGUGAAUCCUCUCUGCUCUCGUCCCCUACCUCGCCCACCGCCACCAACGGGGACAAGCCGCCGCCGCGCACGAGGAAGCCCGGCACGAAGCACCUCGUUCUCACUGCCUCGGUCCUCCUCUCCUUCCUCGUCGGACUGCCCUUGCUGCUCAAAUCCACCGAGAUCCACCGGUCGCCGCUGCCCUCCGACGCAAUCGCCGGCCUGUCCCGCCGCCUCCAAUCCCACCCGCCCUUCUUUCCCCGCGGCCUCCACUCCGGCCCUGGCUCCCCCGCCGCGUCCCUUGCCGAUCAGCUCGAGCUGGCAGUCUCGACCCAGCACCACCUCCUCCCCGCGUCUUCUACUGCCAGGAACAUCUCCGUGUCAGUCGCCGUCCAGUCGGACUCGGACGGUGGCUGCACCAGCAGCACGGCUGCCGCUUUGCCUUGGCGAUGCGGCUCCGUGACCGCAGCGGACUCGGUCGGCGGUGACGAGGCGUUCGAUGAAUUGCUGCACUCCGCAUUGGGUGGUGGUGGUGGGGAUGGGAUGAAGGUUUACACUAUUGUCAUUGCUGAGAAUGAUGAUGGGAAGGGAAUAACGAGGGUUGUGAUCGGAAAGCACCGUCAUGCUUGGGUGGUUGGGAAGGUUGAUGAGGCUGAGACCGUGUCACUUAUUGGCAAGGUGUUCAUCAAGUAUUUCAUGAAUGACGGUAUUGAGGAGGGCGAGACAGGCAUUGGAAAAGGAGAGUUCAUGCCAGUUGAUUCAGAUGGGAAUGUUGUUCUUUCAUUCAGCCUGUUGAACGCUGAUCCAAUUGAUUGGGUCUAUGAUUGGGAGUUCAAAAAUAUUGGCGAGAGAAUCCUGACUCCUGUGGUUGAGGCCCUGCGACCAAUUGCCGAUAUCAAUAUAGAGAGUCAGGUUCUCUACCACACUCCGAAGUCGUCCUAUUCUUAUUCUGACAAUAAAUUGGGGGGCAAUGUCCUAAGUAUGGGAGACAUUCCUUUCUUUGUAAACUCAAACGAGUGGCACUUGGAUACAUCGAUUUCAGCUACAGGACGAUCAAAAGUUCUUCAGUUUGUGGUGUAUAUUCCAUCUGCAAGGGAAUGCCCUUUGUAUUUGCAGCUUCCAGAUGGGGAGCUUUCGAAAACUAAUGCAUUUAUUUCCCCAAUAGUCGGGAAGUCGUCGUGCUAA